UGUUACUAGCAUCAAUCAUCUCAAGUUACGCCACAAAAUUGGGAAUAAGAUAAAGGAGGUGAGGGGUAGAUUACGUGACAUCGCUGAAGAGAAGAACCAAUUGGGUCUUAGAGCAGAUAGUGGGGAGGGUGAGAGAGUGGUUAGUGAAUUGAGGCAGGUUGAGAUCAGAUCAGAGCGAGAAACAAGCUCCCUAGUCAACCCAUCGUCAGUGAUAGGCAGAGAAGGUGAAAAAAAUGAAGUCAUAGGCUUGCUUCUGCAGGAGGUAACUGAGGUGCCCUUUGUCAUUUCUAUCGUUGGAAUGGGGGGUUUGGGCAAGACUACUCUUGCUCAGCUCAUCUACAACGAUGAGAAAGUGGAGGGGCAUUUUGACAUGAAAAUGUGGGUUUGUGUUUCUGAACAUUUUGAUGUGAAACAGAUUACGAAAUCAAUCAUAAAAUCUGCAGAUGGGUCUAUUAAUUGUGAUCAUCAAGACCUGGACCGUUUGCAACGUCUCCUCCGUGGUAUGUUGCAAGCAAAGCGAUUCUUGCUGGUGCUUGAUGACGUUUGGAGCAAAGACAGCGAGAAAUGGGAGAAGCUGAUACUUCCCUUCCAAGAUGGUGCACCCGGGAGUCGAAUCAUUGUAACCACUCGUAUUGAAGAUGUUGCACGCAUGAUGGGAAGCACUGAUCACAUGCACAAACUGGCGGUCUUAUCCGAUGAGGAUUGCUGGUUAUUGUUCAGAAGUAAAGCGCUGGAGCAUCGGAGUGAAGAAGAGCGUUCUGAGCUGGAAGAGAUUGGAAGGCAAAUCGUAAAGAAAUGUGGAGGGGUGCCUCUCGCUGCAAAGACAGUAGGGAGUGUCAUGCAGUCGAGAAGGACUAGAAGCCGGUGGGAGUUUGUCUUGCGAAGCGAGAUGUGGAACUCAGGUGAUGUCUUUGAAGGCAUUUUGCCAGCUUUGUUACUAAGCUACUAUGAUUUGCCUCCUGCUCUGAAGCAGUGUUUUGCAUAUUGCUCCGUCUUUCCGAAAGAUUGGUUGAUAGAGAAGGAUAUGAUAGUCAAGUUAUGGGUGGCACAAGGUUUCAUCUGCGCCAUUAAUGGAAGUGAAGACAUGGAGGAAAUUGGCGAACAGUAUUUUGUUGAUUUGCAAAGGCGCUCACUCCUCCAAGAUGCAGAUGCAGUAAUCGUUCGUGAUGGCAGUAUAUUCAGGUCCGGGAUGCAUGAUUUAGUUCAUGAUCUAGCGCAACAUGUUGCAGGAAGUGACUUUGCAAUGGUGGGGAACCUAAAUAAUGUCCGGCAUUGUUUUUUAGUUGACAAUGAUGAAACUGGUGAUGAAGCUCAUAAAGCGGCUUCCAUUUCGGCCACCUUGCAUCAGGCCCACAAGUUGCGGACCUUGAUACUACGUUCGAAAAUCUCUAUGGUGCCAGACAAUUUAUUUCAUCAUCUGAGACACCUUAGAGCAUUGGACUUGAGUCGCACUGACAUCAAGAAAUUGCCUGAGACAGUAGGACAGUUGAAACACUUGAGAUAUCUUGAUUUAUCUCACACAGGCAUAGAGGAGUUGCCAGAGGAAUUGAGUAAUUGCAUCAAUUUACAGACCUUGAGACUCAAUGAUUGUCAGAAGCUAAGAAAACUGCCUAGAGGGAUGAGGAAAAUGAUUAGCCUGAGACAUCUUGAAUUUAAACGUUUAAAUAAUCUGAGGUACUUACCAGCGGGUAUAGGGAGACUAACUGAGCUUCGGACAUUAACAAAAUUCAUUGUGGGGGUUGACGACCAAGGAUAUAAAUGUGGAGAACUGAAACACCUCAAUCAUCUUCAAGGUUAUCUUCCAAUUACCGGCUUGCAAAAUGUCAGGAGCAGGGACGAAGCUAGCGAGGCAGCACUGCAUGAGAAGCCGCACCUUCAUGCUCUAUUCUUGGUGUAUGAUGACGAAGAUGGUGAACUGUUGGAUGAUGAGGUGAAGAGGAUGGAGGAUGUGCUCGAAAGCCUUCAGCCUCACACAAACUUGAAAGAGUUGGAAAUAUGGUAUUACAAAGGUUCCAAGCUUCCCCAGUGGACAGGGAAUCCAAUGUUCUCCAAUCUAGUGAAGAUUGAACUCCUGCAUUGUCUCAAGUGUAAACAACUACCAGGUCUUGGGAAACUACCAUCCCUUAAAUUUCUUUUUAUUAAGGGAAUGGUAGAGGUGAAAAAAGUGGGUGGUGAGUUUAGUGGGGAUGAUCAAAAUGAUGGAAGUGGUGGUGGUGGUGUCUCAUUCCCCAAGCUGGAGACCCUCCGUUUCCAGGAAAUGCCAAAUUGGGAGGAGUGGGAAUUGAGAGGUGGAGAUGGAGAGGUUAUGCCGUCACUCCUUGAAUUAGACAUAGGUAACUGCCCAAAGCUGAAGGCGUUGCACUUACCUGUGCUCCCCAACCUUAACUGUUUGAGGAUUAAUAGAUUUCAUGAGCUGACGUCACUACCUGGUGAUUGGUUGGGACAACUAAGAGCGCUCCAAACUCUGUACAUCUGGGGGUGUCCACAGUUGGAGUCUCUACCAGUGGAGUUGGGACAUCUAAGAGCGCUCCAAACUCUGUACAUCGGGAGGUGUCCACAGUUGGAGUCUCUACCAGUGGAGUUGGGACAACUAAGAGCGCUCCAAACUCUGGACAUCGGGGAGUGUCCACAGCUGGAGUCUCUACCAGUGGAGUUGGGACAACUCAAAGCUCUCCAAACUCUGAAGAUAUCCAAUUGUCGACAGUUGAAGUCUCUAACAGAGGAGUUGGGACAACUCAAAGCCCUCCAAACUCUGAAGAUAUCCGAUUGUCCACAGUUGAAGUCUCUACCAGAGGAGUUGGGACAACUCAAAGCCCUCCAAACUCUGUUUAUCUAUAAUUGUCCACGGUUGGAGUCUCUGCCAAAGGAGUUGGGACAACUCAAAGCCCUCCAAACUCUGGAGAUCUUCAUUUGUCCAGAGUUGAGGUCUCUGCCAAAGGAGUUGGGACAACUCAAAGCCCUCCAAACUCUGCAGAUCUUCACUUGUCCAGAGUUGAGGUCUCUACCGGAGUUGCAACACCUCACAAUGCUUCAACAAUUGAAUAUCUUCAACUGUCCACUCUUAAAAGAGCGCCUCCAAGAUGGAGGAGAGGAUCGUCACAAGAUUGCCCACAUCCCGAAUAUCACCAUUAAGUCAUUCAUUUGA